AUGUCAAAUACUAAUACAAUCAAAAUUGGUACACACAAUGGACAUUUUCAUUGUGACGAAAUAUUUGCUUGUUUUCUGUUGAAAACUUUACCUCGUUAUGCCAAUGCGGAAAUUGUCAGAACUCGUGAUCCAAAAAUAUUAGCCGAAUGUGAUACUGUUGUGGAUGUUGGUGGUAUAUUCAAUGCUGAACAACGACGAUUUGAUCAUCAUCAAAAAUCAUUUACUGAAACAUUUCAUUCUUUACAACCAGAUAAGCCGUGGAUAAUAAAACUGUCAAGUGCUGGUUUAAUUUAUGUUCAUUAUGGACGAGAAAUCAUAAAAGAAUUAUUAAAAAAAGAAACCAUUGAUGAUAAUAUUAAAGAUCAUUUAACUGAAAUUUUAUUUAAUAAAUUAUAUGAAACAUUUGUUGAAGAAAUUGAUGCUAUUGAUAAUGGAAUUGAUAUUGGAGAAAAUAUGAAAUACAAAAUUCAUACAAAUCUUAGUACACGUGUUGGUUAUUUCAAUCCAGCUUGGAAUGAUCCAAAUCCUGCAGAAAAAGAAGAAAUUGGAUUCAAACAAGCUAUGGAAAUGAUCGGAAAAGAAUUUCUAGAUCGAUUUUAUCAUUAUGUUCAUCAAUGGUGGCCAGCAAGAGCAUUACUUGAAAAAGCUAUUGCUCAACGUUUUGAUAUUGAUCCAUCCGGUUCAAUACUUGUUUUAAAUAGUACAUUUCCAUGGCGUGAUCAUUUAUUUGAUAUUGAACAAGAACAAAAAGAUAUUCUUGGUGUUACAAUUAAAUAUGUUCUUUAUCCUGAUGCAAAUAAAACUUGGCGUUUACAAGCUGUUCCAUUAAAUAAAAAAUCAUUUGAAAAUCGUUUAUCAUUACCUAAACAAUGGCAAGGUUUACGUGAUGAUGAAUUAAGUACUAAAUCUGAUAUACCAGGAUGUAUAUUUGUACAUGCAUCUGGUUUUAUUGGUGGAAAUGCAACUUAUGAUGGUGCUUUAGCUAUGGCACGACGUUCACUUCAAUUAGGAAAUACACAAUAA